UGGUUUUGUUUUGCACGAAAGUUCUAGAACACGUGUAAAUUGUGAACGCAACGUGACGGAAGAUCGUUGUUUUACAUCAAUCAAGGUUGUGGCAGUUUGCUAUCGUUAGUCCUACUCCUUUGAAAGUGCAGUAUUGGAUCCUCAGUAAGAAAUGGCAAGCUCUGGUGAUAGACAAGAUGGCGGUUCAUCAGGAAAUCAACAAAGAUUUCAUGGAACACUAGAGGAAGUGUUAAGAUUUGCAGUGGAGAACACGCCUACAGGAGAAGGUGGAACACAGGGAACUGAAUAUACUGUAAUGGACCCAGAGAGAAGAGAGUUUCUAAAUAAAGUCUUUGCUGAAAUGAACAAGGAUGAAACUAGGGAAAUGAUAUCACUCGUGGAAACACUGAAACAAAAGUUAGACUCGGAGAAGGAGGACGAUGAAGAAAUUGUUGAAGAUGCCCUUGAGAAUCUUCGAGAUUUGUGUGACACCAUUGAUAAUGCACAAGAUUUCCACAAGAUUGGUGGCACCCAGCUCCUCCCCCGGUUAAUGGACCAUCCCAGGUCAGAGGUCAGAUGGAGAGCAUUUGAUUUGAUUGCCAACUUGGUGCAGAAUGUACCAUUCAAUCAAGAGGUGCUGCUGGAAAUGGGAGGGGUAGAGAAAUUACUAGUGUCUGUGGAUAAGGAUUCAUCAGAGAGAAGCAGAGUCAAAGCCUUGUAUGCCUUGUCAUGUUUAGUCAGAGAUAAUGAAGCUUGUCAGAAGGUGUUUGCUGAGAAUGAUGGAUUCUCAGUGCUGAUGAGAGCAAUGCAGAGUAAAGUAGAGAAACUUCAAAUUAAAUCUGCCUUCAUGCUUCAAGCUCUUUUCCAAACAGGCGUUGGAUUUAAAGACACCUUAUACAACAUGGGUAUGGUUCAACAGUUGAUUGGUUUACUUCAAACCGACCAUACACCAACUCAUGAACAUUUCAUGUCAGCUUUGCUCAACUUGAUAACAGACCACAAAGAUUGCAUCAGUGACUGUCAGCAACCUGAACUGGGCUUCAAGGAGUUUCUUACAGCAAGGCAAGAAUUCCUCAAAGGAAAACCAGAAUUUCAGGAGGAGUACUCACACAGUCAGCAAGUAAUGAGCAUUUGCUUCAGCGGUAACCAUAACAACUCCUCAGCAUUAGACAGAUGAUCCAGUGGGAGGGAGUUAGGGGCGUGUCCAAAGAAAGGCUAGGGAAGGGAGGGAGUCGAGAAAGUAGGGUCUCCUUGUUUCAGACACACAAACUUCAAAUUGAAGAGACCGAAAUUUAUGCAGGUAAAAUUAGUAGAGUUGAAUGUUUGUCCUUGCUAUAAUUAUGGAUGAUGCAGUCGGGGUGUACUUCUAACACAUUUAAAGUUGCUAGAAAUGACAAAAAUAAUUUCAUGGACAUGUGUAUGUUUUAAAAAAUGCACGUGUUGAGUACUGUUUCAAGUUAGUGUUCCUGAUUUGGAGAUUGGUCAAUCACAAGGGAAAUAUUCAUCAGUUGCUUCUUUCCUCAAAGCAAUCUUGAGGGAGUACAUGUAUUCAGUUUUAGAAAAAUUGCAACUUGUUCUCAAGUUACCAGUUGUAAUCAUUUCAUGCCUCAUGCACCUGCACCCAAUUUUCUGCCGACAUGUAACCUAUUCUGUAAAAACAGGUGAAAAUGAGAAGUAUUGCGCACACAUAUGUACAAAUCAAAAUAUGUCAAUUUUACAAAGGUUAACAUGUUGAAUAAAAUACUGAGUAAAAUAAGUUCUGUAAAGAUAGUAUAUGAA